CGGCUUACUACACGGAAACGGCCGAUUUCAAAAUAAUUCGGGUUUUAAAGGCUCUGCGACGCCUGCAGGGACUUUAAAACGACACAUUCAGGCUGCGAACAUACAGGAGAACCUGGUUUACCUGGUGGGACAGGUGCAGGAAGAUGUUCCUCAGGAAGGCUCUGAGGCUGUUCCAGCGAGGACACACACAGUGUCCCACCGCUUCCUGCUCCAGGCUGGUUCUGGGCAUCGAGACGAGCUGUGAUGAUACUGGAGCUGCUGUGCUGGAUGAGACUGGCGCCAUACUGGGAGAGUCUCUGCAUUCACAGAAGCAGGUGCAUCUCAGGACCGGUGGCAUCAUCCCCACCGUGGCCCAGCAGCUGCACAGGGAGAACAUAGAGCGGGUGGUCCGGGAGGCUUUGGAGAGGAGCGGCGUGACCCCGGGCCAGCUGUCCACCGUCGCCACCACGGUGAAGCCAGGUUUGGCCCUGAGCCUGGGCGUCGGGCUCGAGUUCAGUCGGCGGUUUGUGAGGCGACACAACAAGCCAUUCAUCCCCAUCCACCACAUGGAGGCCCACGCUCUGACUGUGAGGAUGCUCCAGCCCAUCAGCUUCCCCUUCCUGGUGCUGCUCGUGUCUGGAGGCCACGCGCUUCUCGCUGUGGCUCGGGGAGUCGAUGACUUCCUGCUAUUGGGCCACACGCUGGAUGAGGCUCCGGGGGAUACCCUGGAUAAAGUGGCGAGACGUUUGUGCCUCGUCAAACACCCGCAGUGCUCCUCACUGAGCGGAGGACAGGCCAUAGAGCUGCUCGCUAAGGAUGGCGACAGGUCGAAGUUCCCUUUCAGGACGCCGAUGGGACAAACGCAUGACUGCUGCUUUUCUUUCGCUGGACUCAGAAAUCAGAUUACAAUGACAAUAAUGAAAAAGGAGGCGGAGGAAGGUGUGGAGGAGGGGACGCUGCUGAAAUGUGUGAAUGAUAUUGCAGCUGCCGCUCAGCACACCGUCGCCUCUCACCUGGCAAAGCGCACACACCGUGCCAUCCUGUUCUGUAAGGUGAACGGCCUGCUGCCGUUAAACAGUCCCACCUUGGUGCUGUCUGGAGGAGUUGCGAGCAACCAGUAUAUCCGAAAGGCUUUGACAAUCAUUGCGGAGACGACCGGACUGCGUCUGCUCUGUCCUCCAGCAAAGCUCUGCACCGACAACGGAGUGAUGAUUGCAUGGAACGGUGUAGAGCGGCUGCGGGAAGGAAAAGGGAUCCUGCCUCCAGAUGUUGAUGUUUGCUACGAGCCAAAGGCGCCGCUGGGCGUUGACAUCACAGCGGAGGUGAAGGCCGCCGCGAUCAGGCUGCCGCCCAUCAAGAUGAAGAUCCCCAGCUGAUAAAGUCACAUCACUGCUGUGAUUUUCCAAAGCAGAGUAUUAACUGUGUUUAUGUAACAGUAUUGUAUGUAACAAGAAUGUUACACGUAUUUAUUAAUACAUUUUUUUCUCUUGCAUCUGUUCUGAAACUGGAUUUGUGUUCACAUUUUUAUCUUUUUACUUUUUAAUUGUUUUCAAGUUUAUUUAUAUAGACUUCUCAAUAGUUAGAUAUUUUGUGCCAUGUUAAUUUCUCUAGUGAGUUAUUUAUUCAGGAUUUUGGCACUCUCAGUCCUACGUAUAAAAGAGGCUGAAUGCAGAUCUCUCCGUUGUUUCCCCUUUUUGGUAAAACACUCCCAGAUCUGAGGAUCCAAACAUCAAUAAAAAGCUGACACAGUGUCCU